GCCGGGUGGGCGUGCCGCUUCCACGAACCAUUGCAGGGCCCCAACCACGCUGCCACCACUGAUCUUCGCCGCCGCGGGUCGGCCGCCUCAUCCAUCCUCGCCUUCGUCGCCCUUUGCGAAGCCGCUCUGCUUUGCCCGGAGCCCUCACCCCCCCACUCCGUGCUCUCGCCCAGUUCAGGCUGGCAAGGGUUUGGCGUGCUGCUCGCCGGUGAACUUGGGGAGACAAUUCGACGGCGACCAAGUAACAGGAAUUCAGUAUGCAACAGAUGGCGCUAUCUGCAUUCGUUGCAACCCCCUCCUCAUCCUGUAGCAAUACCUUAUCGGGGUUGAGUACCCGUCGGUCCCAACGUUGGCACAAGAGGCGCAACUGCUGCCAAGUUCAGGCGCAGGCACAAGGACAGUUGCAGUAUCAGAAGCUGGGAGACUCAGACCUCCUUAUCAGCGAGAUCACUCUUGGGACAAUGACAUUUGGAGAGCAAAACACAGAGAAGGAAGCCCAUGAUAUGCUGUCAUAUUCGUUUGAUCACGGCAUCAAUAUCCUUGACACCGCUGAAAUGUACCCUGUUCCACCCAAGCAAGAGACACAAGGUAGGACUGAUCUGUACAUAGGAAGGUGGAUGCAAUCCAAGCCAAGAGACAAGGUAAUUCUAGCCACUAAAGCUUCUGGAUACUCGGAGCGAUCUUCUUAUCUUCGGGAUAAUGCAAAAGUGGUGCGUGUCGAUGCCGCCAAUAUCAAGGAAAGUGUUGAAAAGAGUCUUUCACGCUUAUCCACAGACUACAUUGAUUUGCUUCAGAUACAUUGGCCUGAUAGGUAUGUAGCAAUAUUCGGUGCAUUUGGUUAUGACUCAACCAAAUGGAGGCCAAGCGUUCCAUUUGAGGAUCAAUUGAAAGCUUUCCAGGAGCUAAUUGAUGAAGGGAAGGUACGCUACAUCGGUGUUUCCAAUGAAACCUCAUAUGGAGUAAUGGAGUUUGUACAGGCUGCGAAGCUUCAAGGACUUCCGAAGAUCGUGAGUAUCCAGAACAGUUAUAGUCUACUUGUGAGAUGCCGAUUCGAAGUUGAUCUUGUUGAGGUCUGUCACCCAAAUAACUGCAACGUUGGGCUGCUUGCCUACUCCCCAUUGGCUGGUGGUGUUCUCAGUGGAAAAUAUCUUGAUGCUAACUCUGGGGAUACCAAGCGGAGCAGGCUAAAUCUCUUCCCUGGAUACAUGGAGCGCUACAACGCGUCGUUGGCUAAAGAAGCAACGAACGAAUAUGUCAAGCUUGCCAAGAAGCAUGGGCUAACCCCUGUCCAGCUUGCCCUUGGCUUUGUGCGUGACCGUCCUUUCAUGGCGAGCACCAUCAUUGGAGCCACCACCAUGGUUCAGUUAAAGGAGAACAUAGAAGCAUUUACCAGCGCUCCACGGCCUCUGCCACCGCAAGUCCUCGACGACAUUGAGACUCUUUUCAAGAAGUACAAAGAUCCGGCAAUCCUCUAGGUGUUUAUUCACCUUUUUCAUACAAAGGGCAGCAAUCCUCAAGACAUGCAAAAGAGAUCUCCAUACAAAUACCCAGCAAUUUGGCACAUUGCUUUGUCUCUCCUCUCUUUUUUUUUGACAGCUUGCUUUGUCUCUUCUCUACUGCUUAAUGCCACCACGAUGAUACUUCCUGGACGUGCAUGGAGCAGUAUAUAUUUUUCUUGUGCAGCAUAUGUAGUAUUCUUGAUUUCUUUUCGGAAACUUGGCAGAUAUGUACAUGGAGUCCGCUAUCAAAAUUUCAGCACAAUGCGACUGACAUUUGACCGCUCUAACGAGCUUGUCAAAUCUAAUGUGUCCUGAGUGUUUAGAACUCACAAAUGUUUGAAACAAA